CAUUAUACACGUGAAAUUGUUUUGGUGAAGUGGUAAAUUAGUUUUAUAUUAAAGUAUUUUAUCAAAUCGUAGUUAAUAGUCUAUUGAAAUGGAAACUAUAAGUCUUAAACAGCGUUUCCUUGAGGAUAAUUUGCAGUACAAAGAAAUAAAAGCAAGCGCUGAAAUAACCACAAUCGGUCAAUUUCAAGACAUCGAUGAAAUUGAAGAUGAGAUUUGGGUCCUACAAUGUCCGAAAGGAUAUAAUAUAGAAGAAAAUUUGCAAAAUCAAAAGUUGAAGCUCCCUGGUCGUACCAAUUUUAAUUCAGCAGAAGCUGUAGCAGUAGAAUAUGCUGAACCGGAGACACGUGCCUUUGGCUACUGCAAUCGCAAAGGCCGUUAUUCCCUGCGACUGUUACCAGUAAUGGGAAGUAUUUUGCUUCGCGAUCGUUUAAAAGCGUCUGAAGCGGUGACAUUAGAAAAUGCUGAAGCUUUAUGCCCACCGCAAAGUCGCGUUCCAUUCCCUGACAUGAUUAAGGUUCGUCAUCCAUUGCAUGGCCACCAAUUCGACAAAAGCUUACGAAUAAACAAAUCCAUAGCAGAACGUUUAAAAAAGGCGGAUGAGAUAUCGGCGAAAUUAACGUAUGAGGCGGCUUUAAAUAGGGCAAGUGUGAAAUCUCAAAAUAGCAAGUUGUCCAUUCAGAAGCAAAAAUCGAAACCCAUUUCUGCCGUAAAUGAAAUUAACUUAACUGAUGACGAUGACGUUGAAUUUAUCGGUGAAGUAAAGCCAAAGAAAAAGGAAAAUAAACGAAAGCGGAACGAUAGCACAAUAGUAGAAGGACAAUCGACAGCGGUGAUUCCAAAGAAGAAGAAAAAAGCAAAUAAGGGUGAAGAAGUCGCAAAAGAAUUACAAUGGCUUCAAAAUAUAUAGAUUAUACUUUACUUUUAUUAAAAUAAAUUCUUUUGUUAAAAUAAAAA